AUGGCCAACCUGAAACAAAUUCCACGGGAAAUUUUUGAUCUUAUAGUGGAAGGGCUCAGCCCCAAUUCCACUAAGAAUAUGGCAGAUGCCCUUCUAUUCAGUGAAAGUCAAGAAAAUAUACUUUGGAGAGCGAUAUUCAGGAAUGAUGAAUGGAUCAACAAGGCUUCCGAACUAGGGGCUUGCCCGGUACUUAUUGGCCCAACACUGGACAUGAUCGGAAUACCCAGCUACAAGGGCUCUCGGCGCCACCACAUUCUUCUAUCGGCAAAUGAUUGGGAGGGUGAUCUUCAAUACGCAAAAAAACUUCUAUUCAGUUCUCUUCGGGCAGAUUAUAGCUACGACGAGAAAAAGUUCAAGGUCACCCUCCCAGAGACCCGUUUUCUGAGUCCUGAUAAACGGGAAAUGAAGAUCCCCGAAAUCGUACUUUACGUGCGUGAUGCUGUACGCCCUGGAGAAGUCAUCCUUCUUUCGAAAAGAGCUAUAAGAAGACUAUUUGAGAAGAGUGUGGUUCGGACACGGUACUCCUUCGCUAGCCAGAAAGAAGUCCGCGUUCUACAGAGGCCAGACAUCUAUGGAAUAGGGGGAAGUAUUUCAGAGCCAGGUGGACUUCUCCCGAUUUGCGGCAUGCACCCCGCUUGUGGCGAGAAAAGGUGGCAAACAAUUCUGCAAGCAGCCAAAUGCCCUCGCGUGAGACCACUUCUCAGUGAUGGCAUAAGAGGAAAUAUCGUUGGCUGGCAACGGGUCUUGCCGCACGAACUUCGGUAG